AUGCCUUCGCAGGACAACGCCCAGACCACCGGCUCCGAACUUGUCCAGGAACUUGCCGACAUCAUCAAGGGCAAGGUCAUCCUGACCACCGGCGUCUCGCCCGGCGGGCUCGGGGCUUUCUUCGUCGAGGCCAUCGCGGCCGCGAACCCGGGGCUGCUGAUUGUCGCCGGCCGUAACCUCGACAAGGUCCAACAGACCGUCGACAACUUGGCCAAGUCCCAUCCGGGCGUCAAGACCCGCCCCCUGCGCCUGGACCUGAUCUCCCUGGCCGCCGUACGCGAAGCCGCGGCGGAGGUGAACGCGUGGGAUGACGUCCCCUUCAUCGACGUUCUCGUGAACAACGCCGGCGUCAUGGCGACCCCGUACGCGCUGUCGCCCGACGGCGUGGAGAGCCAGUUUGCCAUCAACCACCUCGGCCACUUCUUGUUUACCAACUUGAUCAUGGGCAAGCUCCUGGCCGCCAGCAAGCCGAGGGUGGUCAACGUGAGCAGCGACGGGCACCGGCUCAGCCCCAUCAGAUUCGACGACUUGAACUUUCACGGCGGCGAGACCUACAACAAGGCCCGGGCGUACGGCCAAGCCAAGACGGCCAACAUGCUGAUGGCGCUCUCCUUGGCCGAGAAGCUCGGCAAGAAGGGGCUGCAGGCCUACAGUCUGCAUCCCGGCGUCAUCCACACAAACCUGGCGAACCAUCUAGACUGGAAUGUGGAUUUUGAGGCACUCCACGCCGAGGACAGAGCCCAGGGCCACCGGCAAGGCUGGGAGGGCUUCAAGUUCAAGACGCCCGACCAGGGCAUCGCCACGCACGUGUUCGCCGCUUUCCACCCGAGCCUGGAAGCAGACCACAACGGCGCCUACCUCCAGGACGCCCGCGUUGCCGAUCCCUGGACCGACACGGUCCUGCCCUGGGGCACCAGCCCGAUCGAGGCGGAGAAGCUGUGGAGGCUGAGCGAGAAGCUGGUCGGCCAGGAGUUCAAGUACUGA